CCCGGGGCAGGGGCGGAGGUGACGCUCACGGACCGUCCGGCGGCGCUGCCGCAGCUGCGGGAGAACGUUCGGCAGAACUUCCCGGGGGGGUCCCCCGAGGGGGUCGCGGGGGGGGCCCCGCGGGUGCGGGCGCUGUGCUGGGGCCGGGACCAGCGCCGCUUCCCCCCCAAAUUCCACCUGGUGCUGGGCUCCGACAUCGUGUACGACCCCCGCGCCUUCGCCCCCCUCCUGGGCACCCUCCGGCACCUCGUGGCCCCCCCGGGCCGGGCCCUGCUCAGCGCCCGCCGGCGGGGGGGGGGACGCGGGGACCCCUCGUUUCUUCGGGCAGAUGUUGCCCCCGUUUUUUCGGGUGCAGCUGCUGCGGAGAGACCCCGAGGGGGACAUCGAGAUCUACGGGCUGACCCCCCGGGAGGGGGGCGGGGAGGGGGAGCAGCUCGCGGGGGGCUGGGGGGGUCCCGAGGGGGAUUAAAUGGCCUCGAGGGGCCUCAGCUCAGCGCGUUGU